UGUCAGAGGUCAAAGAUAUCCUGAAACGUGCUGAAACACUUGCAUUGACCGCUGUUAGAGGUCAGGGGUUGUUUAAACACCACUGAAUUGUAUGUAUAAACACUUGCAUUAAACUCUGAAUAAAAUGAUAACGCAAAAGGAAAAUACGGAUAACACUAGGGACCGUAUCGUUUUGGUUACGGGAUUCGGUCCAUUUGGAUCAUACAAGAUCAAUGCUAGCUGGGCCGCAGUUGAAGAAUUAAUGAAGCUAGAUAUCAAUGAUCUGGGCAACAUCGUCCUUGUGACCAAAGAAAUUCCAGUCAUUUAUGAAGCUGUCUCAACCAUAGUACCACAGCUCAUUUCGGAGUUGAAACCUAUGCUAGUCAUUCAUCUUGGAGUAUCUUCAAUGGCGACUUGCUUGACACUAGAGUCGCGAGCCCACAAAACCGGAUAUGUGCGUUCCGAUAAUCUACUAAAACUACCUGAUGAGGAAACUUUGUCUUUAGAACCAGGGAUUUUGGAAACGAGUUUAAAUGUGAAACAAAUCUGCGAGGAUGUGGAGGGUAAUGGGGCCAAAAAUGACGGAUGCAAGGCCUGCGUUUCUCAUGACGCUGGGAGAUACCUCUGUGAGUAUAUCUUUCGGGAGUCCCUGAUGCUCACAGAAAGCAAAACAAUCUUUGUUCAUGUUCCGGAGAAUCAAAUAUAUUCUGCGACAAAAACGGCAAAAGGCAUUCGAGACGUGAUUAGAUUUGCUAUCAAGCAAAUUGAGUCUGCUAAAAAUUGAAAAAAAUUGGUAUUAAUCAGAGAUUAUAUGGCAAGGAAUAGGUCUGAUUCAUUCAAAAUCGAGUGAUAAUAUCCAUUAAAAAUGAUUAUAUUUUCUUUA